CCUCUGCGGGGCGGCCACGUGGACGCCUGGGCGAAUAUAUGUGAAUUUCGAACCCAGUAUGGCUCAGAAGAGGAGCUCGAGUGGACGGUCAUUCCCAUUGCUGCUGCUGAUUAUUGUGGUGGCCUUUGUUCAUUUAACUGUCUGUCCUUUUACGAAAGUGGAGGAAAGCUUUAACCUACAAGCUAUCCAUGAUGUGGUGUACCACCAACUGGACUUGGAUAAGUAUGACCAUCAUGAAUUUCCUGGAGUUGUCCCAAGAACGUUCCUUGGACCAAUUUUUAUUGCUGCUCUUUCCAGCCCAGCUAUAUAUGUACUUUCUGUGCUAAGAAUGUCCAAGUUUUACUCCCAGCUGAUAGUCCGAGGAAGCUUGGGGCUCAGUGUGAUUUACACACUAUGGAAGUUGCAGAAAGAAGUUAGAAAGCAGUUUGGAGCAACUACAUCAACAAUCUUCUGUCUCAUCACUGUUACUCAGUUUCAUUUGAUGUUUUACUGUACACGAACCCUCCCUAAUGUGUUUGCACUUCCUUUUGUGCUCCUGGCAUUGACGUUUUGGAUACAGCAAAAGCAAAGGCCAUUCAUUUGGUUCUCAGCUUUGGCAAUUAUAGUCUUCAGAUCAGAGCUCUGCAUAUUCUUAGGCCUCAUGCUCCUGGUGACGUUAUUAACUAAAAGAAUCUCCGUUUUCAAGGUUCUUUCCCAUGCUGUUCCUGCUGGAAUUUUUUGGUUGGGGCUAACAGUUGCUGUGGAUUCUCUAUUUUGGAGGCAACUUGUGUGGCCUGAGGGGAAAGUGCUCUGGUAUAACACAAUUUUGAACAAAAGUUCCAACUGGGGAACCUCCCCGUUCUUAUGGUAUUUCUAUUCAGCCCUGCCUCGUGCUUUGGGAUGCAGCAUUAUAUUUGUACCUUUCGGUGUAGCAGAAAAGAGAACUCGGAUAUUACUUUUGCCAGCACUGGGCUUUAUUUUCUUAUAUUCAUUUCUCCCACACAAAGAGCUGCGUUUUAUCAUAUAUACUUUCCCUGUCUUCAACAUAGUGGCUGCUAAAAUGUGCUCACGAAUUCUGAAUAACUACCGGAAAUCCUGGCUGUACAAACUUGGAUCUUUCUUUGUUAUAAUGCAUCUUCUAGUUAAUGCUGCUUAUUCAGGAACAUCUUUAUAUGUUUCACAUUUCAAUUAUCCUGGAGGAGUGGCAAUUCAGAAGUUGCAUGAGUUGGUACCUUCAACAGCAGAUGUCUCUGUUCAUAUUGACGUGGCUGCAGCACAAACGGGAGUUUCUCGGUUUCUAGAAAUCAAUUCAGAUUGGAGGUAUGACAAAAGAGAAGAUGUUAAACCAGGAGACCAGUUGAUGUUUUCUUACACACACAUACUGAUGGAAACAAACCCUCUUCAAAUAUCACAUUACAAGACAACCCACAGGCCACUGGCAAAUAUACCUGGCAUCAGUAAAAUUGGGUUGAACCUUACUGCACUACCUCCUUUUACUUUAAACUUGAAACCAAAAUUAGUACUGUUGGAAAAACUUCCUCUAUCAUCUUGACUGUGAAUUUUAAGUCUUUUGAUGUAAUUUUGCUGAUGACUGAAUAACCUAAGACAGCAGCAAUUUGCCAUUCCAGCACUGCAGUUCAGCUUCUGUGGAAGGGCACAGAAAAUCUUUGUACCGAUUGGUAUUUAGCUCCGUCCUGUUUCAUACAUAAAUAUUACAAUGCAUUCCUAGUCAGUAUGUACUUGAAUACCAAAUUGUAUUGUUAGAUAUGUUUGAGAGAGGCUACCUACAAGUUUAGUGGUAUUAAGUAAAACCUGUCUAUUUGGUUUGGGUAGCUGUCUCUUUCAUAACGUAGUGCAGGUAUGUCCUAAUUGUCCUAUAUAAGAUACAUAAUGGAACAGGUUUGUGCUAUGGCAGUAAUUUGAUAUGUAAUCUAUGUGUGCAGAGAUGUAUUAUUACUUGAUGUAUCUGCAGGAUUGUAACCCCCUCAGUUGUCAGGUUGCCUGUGUGAAACUUAAUGAUGUUAUCAACAUAGGAAAGACAUAUUCAUUGUAGCUUCAUCACAAUACCUAAUUGUGCCCUGUAGGCUACCAAACUAAUUAAAGUGAAAGAUUCACUUAAAAGCAGUUGGACCUCUUGACAAGCACUGUCUUAUAACAGAUUUGAGUAUUAAAGGUUGGUUAUCUUUAUUCCAACUGUUCAUGAAUAAGCAGCAACUUUGGAUUUCACAGGAAAAAUCGUUUUUAAAAUAAUGCUUCCCCCUUCUGCUGCAAUAUUAUCUCAAUUUGUAGUGCAAAAAUUUACCUAUGAAAAUACUAACCUGAAUACACUUUAAGAAAGUAAGUGCUGUUUUCCUUUUUUUAUUAAGUAGUCCCUUUGGAGAGGAAUAAUCUAAUGUGCCAUGUGUUGCAUUCUAUAAACUAGAAUAAGAUAGCAUGCUCUGUAAUCUCUUCUUUAUUAGAUGUUUUUGUUAAGGAUGUCUGCCUAGAUUGCUGAAUGGAACAAGCUAAGGGGUAAACUAAGGGGAAAAAAGGUUAGAAUUUUGGUUAGGGCCAGUUGUAAUAUGACAGGAGCUUCGUUAGUGUAAAAAACCAGCAUUGCUGAAAUAAUCAUGGGCAGAAAACUAUUCCUUGCUGACUGAAAACUGAAGUAAAAAAUUCUUAUUGGUUUGGGUUUUUUACGCUUGAAGCGUGCUUCAUUUAGGAACUAUAUUUACCUGUGUGCAUUUCAGUUUUUAGGACCAUGUUUUCUUUUUGUCCUCUAGAUUAUGUUAUCAGAGGAACUGAUCUGGUGGGGUGGAGCCUGCUCCCCUGUGGGUGGCUGUUGCUGUUGCUCAGGCUUCUUCACACUGAGCAGAUCUGGCAAAGGCAACCUGCAGAACUUGUUGGUCUAGUCUUUGGCUGCUCUUGAAAUUGAAAUCACUCAAGUAUUUAUCUAUUAUUUGACUUGUCUUUGGAAGAAAACUCAGCUUCCUCCAGAGCCAAUUUGAACAUCAAACAAUUCACAUGAGACAGAAGGAAGUACAUGGGCAAGUAGCUGAGAAUUUGGAACAGUACAAAGGAAAACUUUUUGAGUAAGGAUGUGGGCUCUUAUGUGAAGCCUAAUCAUUGGCUUUAUGUAUGUAAAUCCCCCACAAUGCAAUGCACAGCUCAAGAACCUAAACUAAAAUUUAUCCUGCCUAAGCAGGAUAUCCUGCACUGCUGAAGCUAGGUGUAUCGUUACUCGACCUUUCCAAAUCCCUGGUUGUCAGAAUCCCUCUGCAGAAACUUGCUUCUAUUAACUACAGAGAAAACCUAGGGCUAUUAUGCUCGUAACAUAGCAUCUCAAGCUAAUGCCUGGAGUGGCACAGAAUAUGUGGACAUUAGGCAUCUGAAGAGUUUAAUCUUGCUGAAUGUCAAACACACAUAUCUGUUGGGGGUCCUUCCACAGACUUUGGUUCUGGUGUCUGGGUGCUACCUGUUGGACUUAAACCAGUGAUGAUGUUCAGCUGUGGCAGUAGUGUGUACUACUGCUCACAGCCUCACUGUUGAUGAAAAUGGAAGCUAUCAAUCAGCUCAAAUUGGCCUGUUUAGUGUAUUUGUUCAGGGUAGAGAAAGGUAAAAUACAAGGAGACAGGAAAGAGAUACUGGACUGCAGUUUUGAACAGUGUCUGAAGUUUAUUUAGGUCCUGUUGCAUCUCACUCUGCUUGUGUAGUUCUUGAAAAGUGCUUAGUUUUAAGAUCUGCAGCAUGGUUGUGUUUGUAGACAAAGGGCUAGAUCACUACCCAUGCAGUGCGUGCAGCACCAUAGCACAAGUGGCUGUGUGACUUCUGUGACAGCAUGGGUAACCCCCCAGCAUAGGGGAAGAGUGUUAUGGUAGCCCACACCCUGAAUAGGAAGGGGCAUCUGUCAAACUGGGAUGAAGAUUACUGCAGUUUUUCCCCAAAGGCUGCCUUCAAUAAAUGAACAGUCCUUGGAAUAGAAACUAAAGCCAUCUCUCUCUUAAUAUUCUCAUCUCCAAGUCCUGUGUUGUCUUUCUUUAGCUCCACAAGAAACAUAGAGCUUGUUUUCUCCUUUAAUACAGAUUAAUAUUCAGUGUACCUGCAUGGAAGAAAAUGGUGUAAGUUCCCUUAGAUAUAGUUCCCUUAGAUAUAAGAGGGCAUUAAGGAAGUCUCUCACCCUGUCUACAAACUUGAAGUGGGGUAUUACAAAUUCUUCUGCAUUUGGGGGACAUGGGGUGAGGCCUCGAGUUACUGCAUGAGUGGUGCAGGUAAGAGAAACACUCUGAAAACCUACUUGGUGGAAUUUUUGAAGGGACUUUAAUAAAUUGCUCAUGACUAUUCAAGUUCUUAAAAGAAAAAUGCCUUUUGUCUUGACUGGUUACAAACCCCAGCUUAGAGUAUAGCAUUUCUUAAUAAAAGCAGAAAUAGGGUGAGACCAAUAGUACAGUCUGUCUAUAAAUUAUGUUACAUUUACGACAUUUAAACACAGAAUGGAGUUGUAAAUAAAAUGCAUUUAACAUAUAUAAUGCUGCUGUAGAAUGAGAUUUAUUUUAGGAUGUCUUGUUAAACUCCCCAAAGGUCAAACCCUGUGUAGCAUCAUGCAUUGCCUUCAGAAGUUAAUUUCUUACAGGCAACAUUUCUUCCUGUAAAGAGCAAGGCUAACAAAUGUUUUGGAAACAAACAUGUCACCAUGUCAUUUCAGCCAGAGAUGGUGAAUAAUUACUGUUUUACAGCAUGAGAUUUAGGACACCCUGUGUUGUAAAACUAACUAGCCUGAAAAAGGUUGUGGAACUCACUGAUAAAAGACAUUUUUGGAUGCUGAAAGUAACAGCAGCUUCAAAACAGGGUUAAACAGAUCAGUCUCUCAUCAAGAACUGGAAGAAACAAAAGAUCAAGGAACAACUUCCAGUUCAUAAAGUCUAAGUAAUAGAGCGUUCAGAGCUGAGAAAAAAUAUCAGACUGUAUUUACCUUAUAUCUGCCCUAAGUACUUGCUAUGGGUCUUCUCUCUCAAGAGUGAAUUUGGGGUGAGUGCAUCUGGAGAAU